UAUGCUAUCCCGCGUUUCCAUUUUCUGAGAAGAUUGCUAUUGGUACAUGGCGCGUGGAACCAUGAUCGAUCUGUAAAAGUUAUCCUCUACAGCUUUUACAAAAAUAUCUGCUUGUAUAUUAUCGAACUCUGGUUCGCCAUCUUUUCCGCAUGGUCUGGUCAGACGAUAUUUGAGAGAUGGACUAUCGGAUUGUUCAACGUCAUCUUCACUGCCUUUCCUCCCAUCGUUCUCGGAUUAUUUGAUCGACCAGUUGCUGCUGAUCAAAUGAUGCGAUACCCAUCGUUGUACCAUAGCUUCCAGAAAAGAUCCUUUUCCAUACCGCGGUUUAUGCUCUGGAUAGGAAUGGCGCUCGUCCAUUCGCUUUCGCUAUUUUUCCUCUCUUACGGGUUCCUUCAAACGCAAGUCGUUUGGGGUAAUGGACAGACGGGUGGUUGGUUGAUGCUGGGCAAUAGUGCUUAUUCGUUUGUGGUAGCUACAGUUUGUUUGAAAGCUCUUCUGGAGUGCGAUUCAUGGACUUGGCCUGUGGUGCUAGCCAGCAUAGGGCAUGGCUUGGAUAAUGAUGACAUCAUGGAUGUUCUGGCUGGCAUUGUUGUUCAUACCAUGUGCUACGUUAAUAUGGGAUCUCGUCAUUAA